AAAAUAGCAGUCAUUCCCCCACCCCCUCUCCCCCUUUUUUUCCCCAAAACAUUUCUCAGAAUAUUUCCCCUAUUUUUUUCCCAAAACAUUUCUCUCUCAUUUUCCCCAAUUAGAGAAAUUGGGAGGUACACUCAGUUGGUCAUUGAUUACUCAGUGUAAGGUACGCCGGCCAUUGAUUAGCCAGUUGAUCAGAACUCCGGCCAUUGCUACACAAGUCUCCGGUCGGCCAUUGCCUUCCCAAAUCCCAGGAGGAAGCAGCUGUGCGCAUGGUGGAUUCAUCAUUAAGGUCCUCUGAGUAUCGACACAUUAAUAUUUUCAUCAACUUCUAUUCAAGUACUUGAGAAGUAUUGUGGUGGGUGAAAAAGUGCUUUAGACUUCAACGUCAUCACUUUAGUCUUGGACUGAGGAUGACAAACAUUUGCUUGUGAGGUUCUUGGUAUCGAUUUGUCCCGGAGAAUGCACAAAUCAUCCGAUGGGCAAAGAAGAAGAGUGCAGAUAUGUAUGGGUCUUCUGAAACCAUUCAAGAUGUUCUUACAAGGGCUUGGUCUUCUAAAAUUUCUGAUCAAAGAAUGUGAAGAGCGAGGCGCAACAAUAACUUAUGCAACACAUAUUUUUUCUGGUCUUGAGAAUUGGCCUUCUCAUAUUAUAUAUAUGGCUCGUGGGAAGCUGCAAUUAACAAUGCCGAUGGACAAGGUGAAUGAGAUCAACAAUUUGUCACUAAUGAGAACCGCAGAGAGUUGGCUGAGUAAAGAAAGAGAUGAGGAGAGGAAAUGAAGGAAAGAGAGAAAGGCAAAGGGCCAUCCAGAGCAUGAAAAACAAGUUGAGGGACUCGAGUGGUAGGGGGAGAUCCAGCUCGUGAUGUUGGUCGUCCAUUAAACAAUGGUAGGGUUGGUGGAACAUUGAGAAAAAUUUAAUAUUAUUUAGCAUAAGAAAAACUUGAUAACAGAUGCAUACCUGGUGCCAUGUAGCCAAUACUUCCUUAUGUCUUUAUUUGUGCUAUCAAUCCAUCAACCGUCAUAAGUUUGGAUAUACCAAAAUCUCUGACUCUUGUAGCCAUGUCUCCAUCAAAAAGUAUCCCAUCUUUCAGCACUAUUUCCUACUAGGAUCUGUGUAGACUUUAGUUUUUUAUACUCACUUCCCUACUAGCUAGGUGAACUUUGUAAAAUGAUUUCAAUAAGACGAGUUUUUGGGUUUGUGAAACUUGGUUCAUAGCUAAGAAAUGAUCACAAAAUAUAGGACUUUAUGAGGUGUACUUUGUAGAGAAUAUCAACCAAAGUGGUUUCCAGUUUAAGAAGCAUAAUCAUUUCAUAGUGGUAGCCUUUUUCAUUAGAAUAAACCUGCAAUACAAUCCAACUAAAGAAGCAAAAAAGUUAAAAUUUUGUAGAUAUUUUCUUCUUUUGGUCACUUGCCCAACAAUCUAAGGUGCAAAAUAUAAUAUACAAAGAUUAUUAGCUGGGCGGAUAUCAUCUUGAAACACUGCAUUAUCGAGGACUCCAUGUGCACUUAGCUGAGCACAGAAAACUGUGGAAGUGAAGGAUCUAUGUAGAUGCUGUCAACUAGUUAGAUUCUAAGAAUGUUCUCUUUAAUUCCUUUUAGCCUGUAUUUUG